AUGGCCUAUAUUCUGCCAAAUCUUUCUCCAACUCUGCUUCAAUCUAAAGAAAAAUCCCUGACUAUUGUUUUUCACCAACAAUGUUCUUCUUCUCCUCUUAGUUCCCCAUCCCCAGUGUUAAGUUCUUCUGUUAAUACUCAUACCAAGCUUGAGCCGCCUCCACCUCGGGGUCUAACGCAGGUGAACCGGACCCCAGGUGCGCAGGAUAAGAACCAGAACCAGAAGGAUGAAUUUUAUGUUAACCUAGGUUUAGCUGUACGGACACUUCGUGAAGACCUUCCUUUAAUCUUCACCAAAGACCUUAAUUAUGGAAUUUACAGCCCAAACUUCUGGGGAAUUCUCUCAGAAACCAAGCGCAUAAUCAGCGCCAACUCCAGUAAUUACUUAGCCCUCUCCAUCCUCUUCCUCCUCCCUCUCUCUUUUUCCUUCGUCCUCUACCCAUUCAUAUUCUCCUACUCUGCACCAGACCCCACAAUCCCAUCACCCCAAAAAUCCAAUCUCGUUAUCGCUCUUUACGUUUUCAUCCAGUCCCUUUUCUCUAUUUUCGCCACCGGCUCAAUUACUUACAGCACCUUCCAUGGAUUCAAUGGUAGACCCGUGAAUUACCUUUCCUCUAUAAAGUCUAUCUUGUUCUCGUUUUUUCCUCUUCUUGCGACUUUUAUAGCUUACCAGAUCGUAUUAUUUAUCAUUUUCUAUUUCAUCUGGCUUGUGGAGGUUGUAGUAUCGAACUAUUCGCUGGCUUUUGUUAUUUGUAUGACGAUUUUGAUUCUGGUGGUGACAUUUUACUUGCAAGUGGAGUGGUCGUUGGCGUAUGUGGUGGUGGUGGUAGAAUCCAAGUGGGGGUUUGAAUCCUUCAAGAAAAGCUCACACUUGAUUAAGGGGAUGAAAUGGAUCGCGAUAUCAUUAAUAUUGUACUAUGGGAUUACAGUAGGACUUUUAGCUUCUACUGCAUAUUUCGGUGGCAAUAAUGGCGGCUCGGGAUUCAUAAUUCAGACACUGUUCGCGAUUUUUAUGACAGCACUGAUGCUACACGGCAUUACUGCCUACACAGUGCUGUACAUGUAUUGCAAGGUUUUACAUGGAGAAAUGCCAUUUGAGAUUGCAGAGGAGUCUGCUGCAGCAGAUUAUGUUAGCUUGCCUAUUGACGAUGGACGAGUACCUCAUGUUGUCUAUGUUGUAUCACAAUGA